AUGCCAGGCCGUAUUAGGCUGCUAGGCACGCCGGCCACCUCGGCCGGCGCCUAUGAGGAUGUUCAUGCAUGCUUUACGACCCAUACGGCUCCCAGUCAGUUCUUCAAAGCGUCAUUCACUGGUACCGCGUAUGGCAUAUCACUCUCUAUCUCCAAGUUUACCGUUUCUUUCAAGGGGAAGCCGGUGAAUGCGGCUCUUGCACUUUAUCAAGUUGUGUACGCUCUCGAUGCGGUUUCGGUGGCUUAUAGUGCGAUUGGCUUGCACUGCCAGCAAAUCAAGGAACACGAACGCAUUCAUUUUAUUAUCGAGAAUGGCGGAGCGGCAGCCAAUGUUAUCCCUGUUGCAGCAACUAGUGAAAACCAGCAUCAUGGAAUCCACAGAUAUUCUCGAAUACGCGGAUCUGAGGCCAAUUUUGGCACAGCGCUCGAGUGUGACUCGGGAAAAACCACUGCUGGAGCUGGAUCUACCGAUCAGGGCGACAUGUCCUGUGUUUUCCCUCUUUCCAUGCUCAUUCAGUAUCGAGACCGCGCCAGGAGCAUGGGACCAUCAGCUGGCUUCACUGCUGCUGCUGGAAGUGAUGGCGCUUUCUUGACGCGUCCGCUAAAGGCAUGGCAUGUGCAGCGCGGAAUAUUCUCUCGGAUGAUGCUUUAG